AGUCACGUUUCCACUCGGCCAAUCGCAGUGUCGUGUUGAUAUGACACUGUGGGAUUCCGCGAAAGUGUUUCUUGGAGUUGAGAGAAAGUGUUUCAACGCAGGGAAACGGGACAAGUUGACGCAUGUGUGAGCACCGACAGGCCGGAUGAGCGAGACGCGAUAAUUCGGUCGUCAUUUCUCACGUUAUCGAUCUGGAGUCGCUGUAGGCGCGUGUUUUUUUUAACGGCAAAAGCUGAAACGAUUUUGACCGUUAUCCCCCCCCCCCCGAGGGUGUUUAUCCGACCUAGUCCUCAAUAAGAAACGCACCCUUUGCCGAAUGGUCACAUUGAAAAGGACACGUGUGGAUGGUUAACCACGUUUGCAGAGGAAGAGUGCGUCUCAACUAUUUCUUGUCGAUUUAAAGGUUGAUCGUGUUGUUUGGAAGAAGUGCUACAGCAGAGGAUUUUUUUUUCUUUGUGUGUGUGUCCAUUACCAGAACUGGACAAAAGUCUCCUACAGCAGUGUGGCCAUGUCUGAGGUUAACCUGACCACAGAGUGUCGCUUCAGUGAUUGUCCCGAUGCCUUUCCCACAGAGGACACGCUGAAAGAGAGCCAAGAGAACAGGACUCUACUGAUGGUAGCGAGGAUUUUGUUGGACUUGAACAAAUGCAACCCCAGGCCCAUCGCCGACGGAGGCACGAGAUGCACGGGGGGUGGGGAAGUCGGUAUCCAGGACAAGGUGGAUCGGGGGGUGCGCCGGGUGAACGGUUCGGACGGCCGCGGUUCGGUCCGGGUGCGGCAGGAUCAGGUUCCGGCCGCGACGAAACAGCCGCCGCGGAGCAAAGCGACGGAAACCAGACAGGAAUCCCCCGAGAAGAGACACCGCUGCCCCUUCGCCGGGUGUGGGAAAAUGUACGGGAAGUCGUCCCACCUCAAAGCCCACCUCAGGGUUCAUACCGGUGAGCGGCCAUUUGAGUGCACCUGGCCAGACUGCGGGAAGAAGUUCUCCCGGUCCGACGAGCUGACACGUCACUACCGCACACACACAGGUGAGAAGCGGUUCAACUGCCCCAUGUGCGACAAGUGCUUCAUGAGGAGCGACCAUCUGACUAAACACGCCCGUCGGCACGCGGGCUUCCAUCCCAGCAUGCUUCAGUGCACCAACGCAGCCAAGAGACGCCGCUGCUCUAUAUCCGUCUCCUCGUCUGACUCUGGGGAUCAAAGCCCAGCUGGACUGUGAGACACACGCCUAUAUAUUUGACUGUACACAAACACACACACACACACACCCACACACCAAGGAUGUUGUGUGUGUGUCACCAUAAAGUCAGUGUGCUUUUAACCAACCAGACCACUCAAGUCUUCAGUACAUGUAUACAAUACGAUGACGAACAAUUAAGGGGUCUCAACAUUUUUUUUUAACUUUUAUUUUACAAUUUCAAUUCUACUUUAUGUUGUAUGAGUUGUCAUCACAACUGUAUGCUGAGAUUUCAGUGGUCAUGUUGCAUGAUGGUGUAAAUUCGCAGGGAGCUGGAUGUAAUGUUGGUUGUUUGGUGUCUUAGAUGGACUACUCAGUCAAUAAAAUCAUCAGUCGGAAAAAAAAGAAAAAGAAGGGGCGUUCGGGUGGCGUGGCGGUCUAUUCCGUUUCCUACCAACACGGGGAUCCGGCUUGGUCGGGCGUCCCUUCAGACACGAUUGGCCGUGUCUGUGGGUGGGAAGCCCGAUGUGGGUAUGUGUCCUGGUCGCUGCGCUAGCGCCUCCUCUGGUCGGUCAGGGUGCCUGUUCGGGACGGGACGGGACGGGACGGGACGGGGGGGGGGGGGGGAA